AUUGAUGACACAGAGUCGCAGUGCUGCAAAAUCUCACGAGCAACGUCUCAAAUUCAAAUACCAGAAUUUGUCCGAGGGAGAGAACAUAUAUCUGAACCACCAGGCCACGGAGGUAACAAAGGCCCAUCUUUACCAUGGAGUUAUCUUUUGUUCUGGUUUUUGCAUUCAUCCUCCCGCUCAUCAGGGCUCAGGUGCCCCACUGGGGUCCAUGUCCAGAACCAGCCGUUCAACCGGCCUUCAACCUUAAACAGUUCAUGGGGAGAUGGUUUGAAAUUGGCAAACUGCCAGCCCAGUUUGAGAAGGGAAGGUGCAUCGAAACCAAUUUCACUUUGAAGACAGACAACUCCAUUCGAGUGGUCAGCUCUGAAAUACUAAAAGGAGAGCUGAGGAAAAUCGAAGGGACUGGAGUCAUAGAGGAUCUGAAGAAUCCGGCCAAGCUGGGAAUAAGUUAUUCCUACGUCCUGCCUUACUCCCCUUACUGGAUCCUGUCCACUGACUAUGUGAACUCGGCCCUGGUGUAUUCCUGCACAGACAUCCUGAGGCUCUUCCACGUCGACUUCGCCUGGAUCCUGAGUCGAACACGAACCCUGCCGGACUCCACCGUCGAGAGAGCCAAGGAGAUCUUCGCCAACAACAACAUCGACGUGAGCAGGAUGAUUGCCAGCAAACAGCAAGGCUGUGACAAAACUCUCUGAGCAGCAAAGGAAAUGCAACACAAGAUGGCGCUGUUGUUGACAGGGGGGAAAAGAUGAUUCAUCAUCUGUUCCAGAAACAUCUUUGACUAAUAUUUUACCAGAAAGGUAGACUCAACUCAGUUACUCUGUUUGUUUAUAUGUGAAACAGAGUUUCCUACCUUUUUAAGACACUAAAAAAUGUUUAAACCACAAAAUAACUGCAUGCCUAUACUAUACAAAGUUGGAUGUGAGGGUGUUUUGAGUAAAGCAGUAUAAGUGUUAAGUAAGUCAUAGUUUACACACAUUUUUAUUUAACAUAUCAUCACUGGUUGUAAUAUUACAAGAUGAGAGUCAUGUUCUGCACAGUUUUUAGCCAUUUAAGCUGUUCAUUUUGUCAUAAAGAACAAUGUUUGGUGUUUCAUUUGCAGUAUAAAAUAGAAGAAUCAUAUUGUAAACAUGUGAUAUUAAGUAAAUCUGAUGUUUGUAACACAAGCUGGGAACAUAAAGCAUCUAAUUAAGAGUCAAUAAAAGUCAGUGAAACUUA